GGCUGACGUCAGCGCGCCGGGGUCGGGAAAAGCGCGCGUCGGGGAGCGUGGGCUUGCCCGAGAGCGGCGGGCCCACUACGUUGUGCUUUCUCACUUCCGAACGGUCCCCCGCCGGCCGGAGCCACCGGCCGCUGCCCGUCCGCGGCCGCUGAGCCGCGCCUGCGCAGCGCCCCCGGCCCGUGCGGGGUGCGCCGGCAGCCAUGGCGCACCGCUGCCUGCUGCUGUGGGGCCGGGGCGGCUGCUGGCCCCGCGGCCUGCCCCCGCUGCUCGUUACCGGCGGCGGCGUGGGCCCCAACAAACAGGCCUACCUCCGGACGCUUUAUCGCUAUGCUACAACUCAAGCAACGACAAGCAGAAACUCACUUUUGACAGAUGUAAUUGCUGCUUAUCGAAGAUUCUGUUCUCGUCCUCCGAAAGGAUUUGAAAAAUACUUUCCUAAUGGAAAAAAUGGAAAAAAUGGGAAAAAAGCUAGUGAACCUAAAGAAGUUACGGGAGAAAAAAAAGCAGAAUCAAAGCCAGCUGCUUCCCCACGACCUUCUGGAGGAGGAGUUGGUGGCGGUGGAAAACGAGGUGGCAAGAAAGAGGAUUCUCAUUGGUGGACCAGGUUUCAGAAGGGUGACUUUCCAUGGGAUGACAAGGAAUUCAGGAUGUACUUUCUCUGGACUACUCUGUUUUGGGGUGGAGUCAUGUUUUACUUCUUGUUCAAGAGCUCUGGAAGAGAAAUCACAUGGAAGGACUUUGUCAACAACUAUCUUUCCAAAGGAGUAGUAGACAGACUGGAAGUCGUCAACAAGCGUUUUGUUCGAGUGACUUUUACACCAGGGAAAACUCCUGUUGAUGGGCAAUACGUCUGGUUUAAUAUUGGCAGUGUGGACACCUUUGAACGGAAUCUGGAAACUUUACAGCAGGAAUUGGGCAUAGAAGGGGAGCAUCGGGUACCUGUUGUCUAUAUUGCUGAAAGCGAUGGUUCCUUCCUCCUGAGCAUGUUGCCCACGGUGCUCAUCAUCGCUUUCUUACUGUAUACCAUACGAAGGGGGCCUGCUGGUAUUGGUCGGACAGGCCGUGGUAUGGGUGGACUCUUCAGUGUUGGAGAAACCACUGCCAAGGUCUUAAAGGAUGAGAUAGAUGUGAAGUUCAAAGAUGUGGCUGGCUGCGAGGAGGCCAAGCUAGAGAUAAUGGAAUUUGUGAAUUUCUUGAAAAACCCAAAGCAGUAUCAAGACCUAGGAGCAAAAAUUCCAAAGGGCGCCAUUCUCACUGGCCCUCCAGGCACCGGGAAAACACUGCUGGCCAAGGCCACGGCCGGAGAAGCCAACGUCCCUUUCAUCACUGUUAGUGGAUCCGAGUUUUUAGAGAUGUUUGUUGGUGUGGGUCCAGCUAGGGUUCGAGACUUAUUUGCCCUUGCUCGGAAGAAUGCCCCUUGUAUUCUCUUCAUUGAUGAAAUAGAUGCCGUGGGAAGGAAGAGAGGAAGAGGCAACUUUGGCGGGCAGAGUGAACAGGAGAAUACACUUAAUCAGUUGCUUGUGGAAAUGGAUGGUUUUAACACAACAACAAAUGUAGUCAUUUUGGCAGGCACCAAUCGACCAGAUAUCCUAGAUCCCGCACUGAUGAGGCCAGGGCGCUUUGACAGGCAAAUCUUUAUUGGACCACCGGACAUAAAAGGAAGAGCCUCUAUUUUCAAAGUUCACCUCAGACCCCUAAAACUGGACAGUUCCUUGGAAAGGGAUCACCUGGCAAGAAAACUUGCAUCCUUAACCCCAGGGUUUUCAGGAGCUGAUGUAGCUAAUGUCUGUAAUGAAGCUGCUUUGAUUGCUGCGAGACACCUUUCAGAGUCCAUAAACCAGAAACACUUUGAACAAGCAAUCGAAAGAGUGAUUGGUGGCUUAGAGAAAAAAACCCAGGUUCUGCAGCCCGAGGAGAAGAAAACGGUGGCGUACCACGAGGCAGGCCACGCGGUUGCCGGCUGGUAUCUGGAACAUGCAGACCCACUUCUAAAGGUGUCCAUCAUCCCAAGGGGCAAAGGCCUGGGUUACGCUCAGUAUUUACCCAGAGAGCAGUACCUGUACACCAAAGAGCAGCUCUUGGACAGGAUGUGCAUGACUCUGGGUGGCCGGGUGUCGGAAGAAAUCUUCUUUGGAAGAAUUACAACUGGUGCUCAAGAUGACCUGAAAAAAGUGACUCAGAGUGCAUAUGCCCAAAUUGUUCAGUUUGGCAUGAAUGAAAAGGUUGGACAAAUCUCCUUUGACCUUCCACGUCAGGGUGACAUGGUAUUAGAGAAACCUUAUAGUGAAGCCACAGCAAGACUGAUAGAUGACGAAGUACGAAUACUUAUUAACGAGGCUUAUAAAAGAACAGUAACUCUUCUCACAGAAAAGAAAGCCGAUGUGGAGAAAGUUGCUCUUCUAUUAUUAGAAAAAGAAGUAUUAGAUAAAAGUGAUAUGGUUGAACUUUUGGGCCCCAGACCAUUUGCGGAAAAAUCUACCUAUGAAGAAUUUGUGGAAGGCACUGGCAGCUUGGAUGAGGACACUUCACUUCCAGAGGGCCUGAAGGACUGGAACAAAGACCGGGAGAAGGAGAAGGAAAAGGAAGUGUCCCCAGAGGAGAAAAUCGCCAAUCAGAUCCGAGGAGGGAGGCCGUUUUAGCUUGUGUUGUGGGUUCAAUUUGCACGUUAUUUCAACUCUGGCUUUCUCAGAAGAAUGAGAACACUGCUAAGUUGAUCUUAACCAGCUGCUGACCAGUCAAAGUGGUGGGGAGAGGAGUACUUAAUCCUCAGCUUCAGCAGUCCCCGAGGGGUGCGGGGUGAUUUCCCCAGGCCUUGGGCUCUUGGACAGCGGCUGGAGAGUGGAGCUCGGUGCCCGGCACUGGCCCCGCUCCACCAUUAGUGAAGCCAGCAGAACACGUCAGGGAGAGAAUCUGAAAGCUUGCCAGCGUGGGGGAGGCCUGUAUUUUCACUUUCCAUCGCCCCACCCUUCAUUCCCAUUUCCCUUCAGAGGCUGUGAAAUUAAAUUGAAUUCCUGAUACGAAUAUUUAAAUUUGACUAAUACUUUGAAGAUCGGAUCCAGACCACAUGUUGCUGUUUUACUGGAAUGAUUUUCUACAGAGAGCUGUAACAUAGUAAAAAAAUAUGAAUGUAUUAUGUAAAUACGGCUUCUUUACAUCAGAAAUAAAGUGUAAACAUUUUACUUUUUUCUCCUGA